AUGAGAAUAUAUCCAGUCCUCCUACUAUUCGCACCUCUAUUGGUCCUCCUCUCGCAUGUUCAAGGGCACUCGAUACGUUCCCCGCCAUCACAAAAGGCAAGCCAGCUGGAGUCAGUUGUCAUACAUACACCGUCCCAACAGAUCGCAAGCGAGUCCGAGUUCGAUAUCACAUUUAGGAUCCGAGGGCAGGAUGACGAAAUCAGGCUAAAGCUGGAGCGAAACUCUUACCUACUCGUACAUCGCCCUCAAAUCCAGUAUCUUGACACAGAAGGAGUCGUCAAACGGACUGAGUCAUUUAUCGAAGAAGACCAAAGGGUAUUCAGAGGUGGAGUGUGGAUUCAAGUACCAGGUCGACGUUGGGAAAAGGUUGGUUGGGCACGGAUAUACAUCGUUCGUGAUGGGGAUGAUCCUCUGUUUGAAGGUACAUUUAGUGCCUUUUCCCAUUACUAUGAUGUAAGAGUAUUAAGGGGCACGGUUGAAGAAGUUGGUCUCCCUGCUAAUGACGGCUCCAUGGUGGCAUAUCACUCUUCAAGGACGGACCUGCGCCGUGAUAUAGAAGAUUCAACUGAGCCAUCCCACUGCGCUGCCGACCAGCUGAUACCCCAUUCCUUGACCCCCCGGAUGAUAUCGGUUGAGGACUCCUCCCACGGGUUGUUUCCGAAUACACCUUCUAGUUUGGAACGGCGUCAGUCAACUCUGGGUACAGAUGAUCUGGUCAACAGUAUUGGCAGUCACGCUGGCUGUCCUACGAGCAGAAGAGUCGCAUUAGUCGGAAUCGCAACCGACUGUACUUAUACAGCAUCGUUCGAAUCGACGGAAAGUCUUCGUCGAAGCCUUAUCAACAUGGUCAAUACCGCAUCAGAACUGUUUGAAAGUACCUUCAACAUAUCACUUGCUCUUCAUAACUUGACGAUUAGCGAUGCAAAUUGUCCAGGCAGUGCUACAGAUUCCGCACCGUGGAACGUUGGAUGUUCCGAGGGAGACAUGAAUUGGCGCUUGCAACAAUUUUCUUCCUGGCGGUCUUCACUGAGCGAUACAGAAAACGCCUACUGGACGCUCAUGACCGGCUGUCCGUCGGGGUCAGAAGUUGGUAUUUCAUGGAUAGGCCAACUAUGCAACUCUCAAUCAAGCACCAACGUCGUAGCACGAACGUCAAACCAGUGGCAGGUAUUCGCUCACGAAUCGGGUCAUACAUUUGGUGCAGUCCACGACUGCGAUUCCAGCACAUGUUCCUCCAGUACCCAGUGCUGCCCAUUGUCCUCGUCCACGUGUGACGCGGAUGCUCAGUACAUCAUGAAUCCAUAUUCACAGUCCUCACAGACAGAAUUUUCGCCCUGUACAGUCGGGAAUGUCUGCUCCCUACUAGGGUCACGAUCAAUGAGAACAGGUUGCCUUCUAAGCGAUACGAGCAACAUACCGACCCUAACGGCCGGAGAGUGCGGGAAUGGGAUUGUCGAGGCCGGCGAGGACUGCGAUUGCGGUGAUAAUUGUGAUGAUAACAGCUGUUGUGAUGGAUCAACAUGUCGCUUCCGCGAUGGUGCGGUCUGCGAUGAUUCAGCCGGACCGUGCUGUACAAACUGCCAGUUUGCAUCAUCCGCCACGGUGUGUCGUGAGAGUACUGGAAGUUGCGACAUCCAGGAGACAUGCACUGGGAAUUCCAGCGCUUGUCCUACCGACAGAUUUGCACCAGAUGGGCAAACAUGCGGCAACUCAUCCGGUCUAUUUUGCGCCAGCGGAGAAUGUAUGAACCGGGAUAUGCAAUGUCAACGGUUGCUGAACACCAAUAGCACGGGCGUAUCCUCCUGCAAUAGCGACUCGUGCACCCUCAGUUGCUCAGUUGACUGGUAUGGCUCCGGGACUUGCAUGGGCAUGAACCGGCAGGUGCAAGACGGGACUCCCUGUUCGGACGGGUUCUGUCGAAGCGGGAGGUGUCGGUCUGAUAGUGAGGAUAGCAGCUCAUGGGUGGAUCGCCAUCGGUCUCUGGUUAUUGGACUGUCUGCCGGAAUUGGUGGGGCCUUGGUCCUUGCAGUGCUAUUGAGUAUAAUCUUUUGCUGCUGCUGCCGUCGUAAGAAGACCCCAACGAAGGGCAUUCCACCAGCGCCUCCCGUGACAGGUCAAGUCCCCCGUGUGCCACCUCCAUAUGCUCCUGCCAGCCCUACCAGGUCUAUAGCACCACCAAAUUAUCGGUAUGCAUGA